CAUUCUGUCUGUUGGGUCUAACUUCCGUUUAUGGUUCGUCAUAAUAGCCGUUCAUCAGCUUGAAAAUUGCAAUUCCAGUAUUUGUGCUGCUGGAUGCUUCGCUUCAAGUUCACUUGCAGCCUUGAUAGUGUUGACAAGGCUUUUGAGCUUUGGUAUUUAGGUCUAGCUUUGGUGAUCAGCCUGCAAGGCAUUUAAAAUGAGUGCAGAAGAAGAUACUCCCAUGCAAGUAGAGUCUUCUGACCCACCAAAAGAAGUUCCAGCCAGCACAAGUACUGCAGGAGGUGGCAAUGAGAAUUUUGUGGUUUUGGAUAUGGCUGGGGACUCGGAAGAUUCUGACAAAGAAGGUGGGAAAGAGGCCAAAGCUCGAGUGCAGAAAGUUGCCCCUGCAGAUGCAGGUACCAAACCGGCUCAGGCGGAAGCAGCUGUGAAGGUGGCCACGGUGGCAAAUCCACGUGUGAGGAAGAAGCCAAAGGCCCCUGUGGUGGAUGUGAACAGUUUGAGAAAGAGGAAAUGGCAGCUUAAGGUGUACCCACUUCAUGCGGAUGAUCUACAGCUGAGCUAUGUGAGCAUCUUGUGCAAACUGGCCUCAGAGAGUUUACUGUACAUUCCCAGUGAAAGCAGACAUGGAAAAGCAGAGCUGUAUGUUGCAACUCAGAAAGAGACAGCAGCGAUCAUCGGAAAACUACUCCGCAUGGAGUUCCAUCACAAACUCCUGAGCAUUGAAGUAGUUCGAAAAGACACAGGGGGAAAAGAAGACGGUGAUGACUCUAAAAAGGAAUGCAAAGCGUAUCUCAUGUUUGACAAGUUUUUGUCAAAAAAGAUCUUUGAUGCCAAGGGAGAAAAAGGGACGCUCAUCGAGAAACUCGUCACUCUCAACAAACUGCCUAAAGCGGCCACAAAGGACUUCAUCGGUGCUCUUUUCCCAUUUGCGACCGAAAUUGACAUUCUAGAGAGCGAUGACCCAGAGGAACGCAAAGCCACGGUGAAAUGCAAGACUCCUGUGACUUCAUUACUUGUGUACAAGUCUUUCAAGCGACUGGAAAUUAAUGAUGUGCACGUCAAACUGACUGUCGAUGAUUCAGUGAAAGCAAUCCAGUUGCCUCCCCUGUUCUUUGGGCCUCCUCCGGAAAAGAAAGACACUGGUCCGCCUGAUUCCAUUGAGAGUCUGAACCAGAGCUCAUUGCCUCGGCGCCGUCCUCUGAUGACCCCGUUAAACAGACGAGUGCAACAGAUCAAGAAAAGAGCCCUCCUUGCGAGGAAGAAACCGACUAGGGGUCAGCUGAUGCGUGGUCAACGUGGCCCACCAUUGAUGGAAGAACCUGUCGAGGAGAUGGGUCGGCCAGGAGGUCGUAGGUCACUUCUGAACAGAGGCCCCGAGUCGAGGUUGUUGCCAGACAUGAUGAAGAACAGAGGACCAGUUCCUCUGGCAGGAAACAGAGACUACCCUGGAGGCCCUGGCAGACGCCGACUGAACGAACGCCAGGGAGACAGAAGGAACAGAGACAGAGACUCGAUGGAGCGACGAGGGAGGCGAGGCAACAGGGAGGAAAGCCAGGUGACAAAAGAGAUGCUUCAGUUGCAGAACCAGCUCAAUCAAGCCAUUAAGAACCAGAUUGCGAUGCUCAACACAGCUCAAGGGGGCAGUGGUAGCGGUGGUGGUGCUCCCAUGCGGGGAGGAUUAGGGGGAGCUGAGCCCUACCCCAUGCCUGGGUCCUCCCACCGGGCCUCGCUGCUAGGCCAUGGACCACGACACUUUGGGGAGCCUGGUGGCAUGGGACCAGGGCCACGUGCGAUGGAUCAGCAUCACCCAGAAUUCGGUGGCAGCUCUUGGCCGUCGGAUAGAGGGAGGGUGGACCGGGGGGACCGAGCAGAUCGGGAGAGACCUGACCGGGCUGGGGAUCGGGACCGGAUGGCACGAGGUGACCGAAUGGACCGCGCUAAUCGGCCAGAGAGAGGUGUAGAGCGAGGGGAUCGGAUGGAGAGACCCAGCCGCCUGGAGGCCAGGCCGGAGAGACUUGAGCGUGGUAGCCGAGACCGUGGGGAGAGAGAGCGGGCUAGUGCCGGGGGUGACAUAGGCCGACAGCCUCAACGAGGGCAGAGACAGACACCAGCAUUUGGAGGAGGCGGUGGCGGUGGUGGUGGCGGUGGGAGUGACUCUGGCCGUGUGAAGGCAGAUCGGGCCCAUGCUGGGGCUGGGGCUAUUUCCAGCUCUCAUGGGGCAGACCCCAGCCGAGGAAACAGCAGGUCUGGACGAGGCACAGAGUUCUCCGCUUCAGGAAGCAGGGCGGCACAAAGGAAUGAGAGCUCAUACAACAGCAGCUCCCACCCACCCAGCGGUGGCUCCGGACGCUAUGGGGAUUACAACAGUCAGGUCCAAGGAGAGAACGGCAACUACUACCGCCGGUACUAGUGGAUUCCAGAAAGUAUAAGUUGAUUGGUGCAAGUAUCAGUGGAUUAACGCUGAUACGAAUGUAUUAGUGCUGAAACGAGUGGAUUGGCACAACUGCGAGAGGAUUAGUGUGGGUUUGAGUGGAGUAAGACUGGUAUGAGGGGAUUGGCACAUGUAUUAGUGGAUUGAAUAAUGCAAAUACAAGGGGAGUAGUGUUGGUAUGAGUGUUUUAGUGCUUGUACAAAGUAGAUUGGUACAAAUGCUAUGCUAAUUGAUGGGUGUUUUAUACAUAGCAGAGUCUAGUAGACUGGUGUUUGCCCUCAUUGUGGAUUGGCGUUUCCCAUUUCAGACACACAGGUAUUUGUGGGUAUGGGUGGAUUAAUGGUUACUAGUUAAGGUACUGGAAGAUUGGAGUUUGCGAUGGCAGGCACUUGUAGUCUUGCAUUUACAGUCAUGGACCCUAUUUGAUCUGGAUGUCACAUUGCGUGCAAGUAUUGAAGUCGAGAGAAAUUGUACAAAUUGUAUUUCUGUUUCAGUAGGCAUUUUUCAUUGUAUGAUUGUCAAAUGGAUCAUGUGUGAUGUGUGAGUUAGCAUGUGCACCUGCAAGUAUUUUGUAAGUAGGAGUGUGCAAGGGUAGAAAUGCUGUCUUUUGGUUUUUUUUAGCUGCUUUCAAGUCCAGAGGAUGUCUUUUGGUUUUGUGAGCUGCUUUCAAGUCCAGACGAUGUCUUGUGAUGAUAACUGUGAAAUUAUAUAUGGUUAAUAUUUUGUAAUAUCCAUGUAGGCCUAUGUUGAAAAUUGUGCUUUGUAAAUCUCAUGUGAAAGUUGAAAUUAUGCAAAAUUAUAGUGUGAGAGAAGUGUUUUAUACAAUACCUUUGUUUUUUUAAUGUGACUCCUGCUCGAGCCUUCAAUGGGACUUGGCAUAGCCCCAAGGCUUUAUAUGUUUUUAUAAUACAUUAGAGAAGGGAGACUGUAUCUUGUGUUCAGUCUUCAUGGGUUUAUUGUUCUCAAGUUGAAAAGGAAACAUAAAUUGCUUGCUGGUCUGAAUGCAGUGGACAAGCACAGGUGUUUCAUUCACCCUAAAAAAAAUUUUAUUUUUAGAAUCUCGUUUGAAUGUGUUUGGAAGCCAUGUGUGUGCUCUCUGAAUACCUAGGAGAAAAAACAAAAACAUGGGAAUUGUAUUGAUCUAACAGGUCUGAAUGGGAUCGAGUCAGGACAGUUGAGGUGCUGAUGCUGAAAAGGGGUCUACCUUUCCUUACCAUUUUCACUCUUUUUACUUAGGGGUCAGUAUCGAGAUGAUCAGAGUAACCUACAUAUAUCGCGGGCAGUAUUGCAUACAGACAUAUCUCUAAGGCCGCCAAAAAUGACUUAUGUCUGUAUGCAGUACUGCCCGCGGUAUGCUCUCUUGUGUCUGUAUUCUAAGGGUUGUGAUUUACUUUUCUUUGUACCCUUAUGAUUGGUAUAUUUAUUGAGUGGCACUCAGUAGAAAAAAUAGUGCCGCACACAUGUGCGAUGCACUAGAACUUUGCGAUUCCAGAGGUGCCCUUUUAAUUUCACACUAACAUUACCAAAUCAUGUGCUACUCUCACCCUUUUGAAAUUAAUUUGAAAGUGAAUGAAUUGACAGUGGUGUCUGAGAUUGCACAUUUCAUAAAGCAGUCAUCAUAGAAAUAAUUUUGUGUGAUGAGGUUAGAAAAUUUUUAGCUGCAAGUCUUGACUGUUAUGAUCCCAUAUGACGGACUUUGUUGAGUAAGAGGGUAAAAAGUCUUCAAAAGUUUCAAUUUCCUGAUUCUAUCAAUUUUAACCCUUAAAACCCUAUACCGCUGGUAUCGGCUGACGCUGUAUUUUCCUAUACCGCUGGUAACAGCUGGUCAUUUUUAUCAUUUAAUUCCCACUGGUAGAAACAAGGGGAUGUAACUCCAGAUGACUCUGUUGAGAGCAGAAAGUAUCGAUUAUGUCAUGAGAGCAAUUCUACACCAAAAGUUUUGAAGUUUUGCUACUUUAAUUUUUUUUAAAGAGUGACUUUUCGUGGGGCCGCGAUAUUUUUGACAUUUUUGAUCCUGAACCAGACCCAGAUAAUGAUUCCCAGUCGGAAAUAUCGGUAGAUUUGACUGUUGAAGAUGAAUGCAAUGUUUUGCAUAACAUCGAUGGUGAUUUUGAUAUAGUGGAAGUGGCAGGGGGAUAACCACUAAAGCUGCCAGAGGCUGCAUCUACGGCUGGGCCUAAUGAUGCUUUGACUGUAGUGGAGUCAGGGAUCACACACAAGACUUUACUCAUAUAGUUGGUAGUUAAAGUCAGUGUUUUAACUUAAUCCCCUUUUGUCCAGACUGCAUUCAUAUACAUAACAUAUAUUCAAAUUUCAGUAAAAUCUGACAGCAAUUAAAGACACAGUAAGAAAAACAAUGAAACAACCUGAUUUUUUUUUAUUAUCUCGAUUUUAAUUUAGGAUUCUAGGGAGGUAUGAAAAAAAAAAGUUUUUUUUAACACUUUGCCCCCCACGGGAUGCCGAUCGGCAACAGUAAGAAGCCGUAACUUUCCCCCAUAGGACGCCUAUGGGCGACGGUGUGAUAUAGCGUGUACGGCAUCUGUAUCCUGAUCCGUGGGGUUAAGUGUUGUGUACUGUGCACGCUGCGUGGGUGGAUAGUGUUAAGGGUUAAUAUCACUUUGGGCUUGAUUCACCAUAGGCGAAACCCUCAUUUUCAUGUGUAGUUUUUUCAGCUAGAGAUGUCAGCUAUGCCCAUUUCACUGUUGUGGUACAUGAUUGUUUUAUUAAAGCGUAUUGGGUUUUGAGGAAGGAUGAUUUUGUCAUGAAAAGUUAAAUGUCAUUGUUGCAAAGUUGUGACAGAUUUUUGUAAUGUUUGUUCCUUCAUAUAAUUUUCCUUUUUUCUCACUCUUGAAGGUUCAAUGUCAAUAAAUGUGUAAACCCAGUC